AUGGCAGAAACGUCCGAUGAAAUGUCUCUCACACCUUCAACAACCACAAACGUCGAAGAGAAGGAGCCAAGCGAACACAACGGAUCAACAGCGCCCCCUCGCUACAGCUGCAAGCAUUGCAGCUACCAGUCGAAUUGGCCAUCAGGUCUCCAGAUGCACGUCAGACGAGCGCAUUCUGGAUACAGACCAUACAAGUGCCCGCACUGUGAAUAUACAGGGGCUGCUAAAUCUGAUGUGGACAUUCACAUGGUAAGGCAUACCGGCGAGUUACCGUUCAUGUGCGGGGAGUGUGGGUUCCGUACGGGGCACAAGUCAACGCUGGUCGUCCACAUGCGGAUCCACACGGGGGUAAAGCCUUACAAGUGUUCGCAGUGCGACUACACUAGUAGAUACAAGCGGUCCCUUAACGUUCACACGAGGCACGCUCACACUGGUGAGAAACCGCACAAGUGCCCUGACUGCGACUACAAAACCGCACAGAAACCGAACCUGAUCCGUCACUUGCGUAAACACACCGGUGAGAAACCUUACAAAUGUCAGCUGUGCGACUUUACCGCAAGCACCAAACAGAACCUGGACUUCCAUUCUGUGAAGCACACGGGUAUCACACCGUACUUGUGCGAGGUAUGCGGCUAUAAAACCGCCAACCGACAACACUUUGACAUCCACACUACGAGGCGGCACAGCGGUGAGAGACCGUACGCUUGCCCCCUAUGUGACUACCGGGGAGCGUUAAAAGUGGACGUAGACAGACACAUGGUUCGGCAUACUGACCUGAAGUCCCACCAAUGUGAACUGUGCGGGUGGAAGACGGGACACAUGUCAUCUUAUUACAGACAUAUGAGAUUAAAACAUGCCGAAGAUAAAAAGUAG